GCAUCAGUUGAUUCGUCCUUACAUUUCCUUACUAGCCUGUUUUCUACAUCUAUCAUGAAAGCAACUUCACUUUCCUCCCGCGCACACUCGGGCUCGAUCAGCCAGUUCACUAUCGCCGCGCUGCUCGUUGUCUGCUCAGGUUUCACCGUUGGCCUCACGUUUGCUCCAUGCCACAGCACCAUAUGUGUAGAACAUUGGUUUCCUUCGCAAGUUCGUACUCACAUCGCAGUGUUCUACGGUGGAAUCGGUAUCGCUGCAAUUUAUAUCGCCGGAUGGUCCAAGUCUACAGUUAUCAGAUCAUUCUCAGAUCGUUAUCUCCUCGACAAGCCGCUUCCUCUGAUCGGAAUACGACUUUCUCUCGGCGGGACACUUUUGUCGGCGUGGAUCCUAGCUUUCACGCUGGUAACCACGGCGUACUGGCUACCAGUUGAGCACGCAUUUUGGUACGCCAAAGGAUUCGAGGCGGACUGGACGCAGUACAUGUUCCGUGUCACAUGGGCUGGCGUGACAGGCCACUGGUGCGACAUACUGUUCGGACUGGUUCUCUUACCUGUCGGGAGGAACAGUCUCAUUUCUGAUGCCUUCGGUAUACAGACUUCAACGUUGCUGGUCGCGCACAAGCUGCUUGCAUACACGCUGUGCGCGUUUGGCCUGAUACACGGCUUGCUUUAUUAUUCCUUUCUUGCUGCUUGGCUCGCCAACCCUAAAGAGCUGGUUCAUGACGCUUUCAACCCAGAUAAUCCUUUCUAUACUUGGAAGCAGAUUGAACAGAUCGGCCCAUAUGGUUGGUUACCAUUACCUACAGGAGCCGUCGUUGGCAUCAUCUUGAUCCCUAUUGUGAUCAUCACGGCGCUGCCUCACAUCCGGAGGAACAACUACAAUACUUUCUACUACAUUCACGUCAUCUUCGCCCUACUCAUUCUCGUGUUUGUCUGCCUGCACGCAAGCACCAACUUCUAUUUCAUCCUUCCGGGUUUGCUCCUCUGGGUAUACGACUGGAGCUACCGGGUACAACAUGCAUUGUGUUCCAAGCAGACAAUUGAAGUAGAAGGCGCAGGCAACAACUGGUACCGCAUGCGGCUUCCUAGCGCCCCCAACGCAAUUACCGACGAUGGUUCAGCGGCUGAGAAAGGUCUUGCUGCGCAGAAUGCUUCGGAGCCAUAUUACCCUCUCGAGACGUACUACGUUCGUCUGAGUGCAAUUAGCAAGGUUCAAAUUCAUCCUUUCACGGCGGUAGCGACGGCGACAUCCUCGUCUGGUCCGAUUAUUUUGUUCCAGAAGAGUCCCUCCAAGAAGAAAGUGGCUGCUAGCGACAAAGAAUGGACUUGGUCGCUAGGUGCGAUGGUCGACCAACGCCCUAUGGAGGAUCCUUUGAAUAUUGAGGCUCGCGUCGAGGGUCCGUACAUCACCUCAGUUCCUGGGCUCAGCCCUGAAAAUGAUGUGAUUGCCAUUGUAGGUGGAACAGGCAUCACCGGUGCUUUAUCACUAGCUAACUGGUGGAUUUCCCGACAAUGUACUACACGUCCAACCAAACAACGACUCAAGAUCGUCUGGAGUGUUCGAGAUUCCAGGAUGGCUGAUAUUGCCGAAGUUCGUGCGUUCCAGGAACGUCUUCAAGACUUGGAGCAGACAGCUGAUCUGCAGAUCCAUGUUUCUUCACAGUCAGGUCGCUUGCUUCCCGGACUAGUCUUGGAAAAGUUCAUGGAGGCGCGACCAGACUCUGCAGACAGCACGUUCGUGUACAUCUCUGGGCCGGAAGGUCUUGCUGCUGAUGUGGAAACCGCUUGUAUCAGGCAAAAUAAACAGCUUAGAGCGAAUCGUCAAGGCAACAGGAAAAAGCAGAUCAGUUGGCACAAUGCCUCCUUUACAGUUUGA